AGGGGAAGAGGGUGAGUCAUGGGCCACUGGUAAGAAAUGAAAACAGAGCAGCUGAGGCAAGUCUGUUUCCUGGAGAUGCCCCUUCUUAUAAAAGCCCAGCUGGCCAUUGCCUUCUCACAGGAUCCACGCUAACAAAGAGCCUGCUCUUCUCUGCAUAUAAGGACCAAGUGCUAUCUAAACAUGAGUUCCCACCAGCAGAAGCAGCCUUGCACUGCACCCCCUCAGCUGCAACAGCAUCAGGUGAAACAGCCUUGCCAGCCACCACCCCAGGAACCCUGUGGCCCCAAAACCAAGGAGCCUUGCAACCCCAAUGUUCCUGAGCCCUGCAACCCCAAGGUUCCAGAGCCCUGCCAGCCUAAGGUUCCAGAGCCCUGCCAACCUAAGGUUCCAGAGCCCUGCCAGCCUAAGGUUCCAGAGCCCUGCCAGCCUAAGGUUCCUGAGCCCUGCCAGCCUAAGGUUCCAGAGCCCUGCCACCCCAAGGCACCUGAGCCUUGCCACCCAGUUGUUCCUGAGCCAUGCCCCUCAAAUGUCACUCCAGAACCAUGCCAGCAGAAGACAAAACAGAAGUAAUGUCAUCGGCAGCCAUGCCUUGAAGACCUAAUCACUGGAUGCCAAGGCCCCUUUCCACUCUGCUUAUUCAUCCCAUUGCUCUGUGGUUCACAUGAUGUGACCUUAGGUUUUAAUCCCUCCCUCUUUGCACUACCUAAAAAGAUGUCUCUCACACUCAUUCUCGAGGCCCAAAUCUUGGCUAAUCUUCCCAUGGCUCAGCAUUCAUGGGGUCGAGGAGGCUGAUGGGUAGUGAGAGAAGUGAAUUUUCAAUGUUCUUCUCAAAUUAAAUGCCUUUUAACUCCA